AUGGCGGAAGGCGAUAAUAUUUCAACGUUUAGUGCUGAAGGUGGACAGGACACCGUAGGAUUACCUCGGAUUGUCAUGGUCACUGAGGGGUCGGACACUUCUGCAUCGUCUCCCUCCUCAACAUCCUCCACAGAAGACAACUGGGGAGAUCUAAUAAAAUCAUCAGAAAUCCCACCAGAAUACUGGCAUAUACAGAAACUUGUGAAGUACAUGAAAGCCGGUAACCAAACUGCCACCAUGGUAGCGUUAUCAUGUUUGAAGGAUCACGAUUUAACAAUAGAGGUGAACCAACGGGCCAUCCAAGAAAUAGGUGGCUUGGAAUUACUGGUUAAUUUGUUGGAAACUAGAGAUUUGUGCUGCAUUUUAGGGGGUUUGGCAGUUCUGAAAGACAUUACUCCGAACAUUGAGAUUAGGAAGAAAGUUACGGAUUUGGGUGCGAUACCUUUGCUCGUGGGACUGUUAUCAGACCCAGCACGGGAUGUUCAAAUUCUGGCGGCAGAGACCAUAGCUAAUUUAGGGAGAAUACGUAAAAGUCGUAAGUUUUGCAGAAAAUUUGGAGGUUUACCUAAGCUUAUUGAUCUCUUGGAUAUUAAAGAGCGGUUUUUAGUGACACCACGAGAAGAAUUAAAUCAAGAUGAACUGCAAUUUCUCGAUAUCGCACGAGCCGGGGCCAAAGCUCUAUGGUCUAUGUCAGCAUCGCAAAGAAAUCGUGAAGCAAUGAGAAAAUACGGAAUGAUACCUCUUAUCGCAAAAAUGUUAAAAACAAUACAUCUGGAUGUAGCAGUACCAGCGGUUGGGCUACUGCAAAUGUGCGCCAGCGAAACGUCCUUCCAACUUGCCAUCCAAACAGAAAAGAUGGUAACAGAUCUGAUCACACAUUUGGCUAAUGAUGACAAAGACUUAAAGACUUACUGUAGUUUGGCAAUUUACAAAUGUGCCAGCGACCCUAUUACGAGAGACAUGAUACGUGAGGCUGGAGGAUUAGAGCUGUUAGUUGAAGCUGCCCAGGACUCGACCAACAGGCCCAACAAACCAUUGCUGGCAGCUGUCACCGGCGCUUUGUGGAAAUGCGCUAACAGCGACAUAAGCGUUAGAAAGCUUGAUGCCCUUGGAGCGGUGCCUAUUCUCGUAAGAUUGCUGGAUGACGAAAACGAUGGAGUUUUGACGAAUGUCGCAGGAGCGCUUGCGGAAUGCGCUAAAUAUCCACCGAACCGUGAUAAAAUUAGGAGCACCGGUGGCAUUCCUAUGCUUAUUCACCACUUGAACAAUACUUACAAGCCAUUGUUAGAAAACGUGCCUCUGGUGUUGAUGGAAUGCGCUAAAGAACCAAACUCAAUGGCCGAGAUCGACAAUUUAGAUGGUGUCAGACUUGUUUGGUCUUUAUUGAAGAAUGAUUCAAAGAAAGUUCAGACUAAUGCAGCCCUUGCAUUGAGUCCUUGUGUACAAAAUGCUGCUGAUUCUGGAGAGAUGGUCAGAUCGUUUGUAGGAGCCCUGGAACUGACUGUCGAUUUACUAGAUUCGGAUGAUAACAACGUAUUGUCUGCUGUGUGUGCCGCUAUAGCUACUAUUGCGAGGGAUCACGAGAACUUAGCGGUAAUAUCUGACCAUGGUGUCGUUGGAAAACUUUCUAAACUUGUGAGCACAACUGAUGACCACCUCCGUGCAAACUUAGGAGUGGCCAUCGCGUACUGCUGUGAUUGGGCUCAGAAUCGUCAGGAGUUCGGGAAACGAGGAGCUAUCACACCCUUGGUUAAUUACAUGACCUCCCGUGACCCCAACGUGCAUCGAGCAACGGCCUUGGCCCUUUACCAUUUGUCUUUUUACUCCAUUAACUGCGUGACCAUGCAUGCAGCGGGCGUAGUCCAAUUCCUAUUGGAGACUAUUGGAUCCAAAGACCCGAUAUUACAAGAAGCAUCAGCCGGAUGUCUCUGCAAUAUCAGAAAAUUAGCGCUUGCCACCGAGAAAAUCAAGUUGAAACAAUAAUUAUACGAACAUUUUAGAUUUAGAUUAAAUUAUUUUAAUUUUAUUUAGUUGACACAACAAACAUUUUGUUUUCAAAAUGGCGCUGUU